AUGGCGGCCGUCAAUCAGAAUAUGUUUGAUGCGAGCAUCACCACCGAUCGACCCCGUGGGGCGUCGUUGUUGGUGUUGCCGCUAAACUUGAUCGCCCAAAUCGUCACAAACGUCAGCUCCCUGGACCCUGACCCCCCACGGCACGUCGAAGAUACAGGCGACCUUGCCCGAUUAUGCCGAACAUGUCGCGUCCUCAACUACAUGGCGCUGCCACAGCUCUAUCGGAGUCUGACCCUCACCUCUUACGACAAGAUCCGCUAUCGUGAUGACCAACCCGAAGGCAUCGGGAGUGCGAGUCCGUUCACCAUGGGACUCAACGCCGUAAUAACUCGUCCGUAUGCGAAGCUCGUGCAAUCAAUUACUCUGCGCGGAGACUGGAAGGGGCAUGAUUUGGAGGAACAUGCUCAGGUCGGUCGCGUGCCCGACUCUUCAAUGUUAUUGAAUAUUACGGUUCGUGCGGCGUUGGAUCGCAUGCCGAGUUUGGAGAGCUUCAGCUGGGAACUCAACACCAAAAUGCUCGACACAGUCUACUCGGGGCUAACAGAACUACCUCGACUUCAUACAUUAACAAUUCGAUUUCCUUCCACCCGCCACCCACAACCUACCCAAGUACUUCCACCCAUGCCGCAUCUCCGCUCGUUGAAAAUCACCGAUAUUGACCCUCUCUGCUAUCCGGAUGACAUUGCAACUAUACUCUGGAAGAGUAAAAAGCUGCGCGAACUCAAGCUUCACUGGUCACCCCGUAUGCGCAUUGCGCAAGAACCGAGCAUUUCUUUGCAUAAUUACUUUCGCAAGAGCAUCGCCGCGAAACAACCGAUUACAGUCAAAAAGCUAUCCUUCCAAAACAUGUACGCCUUCCACAGCGAGGAAUUUAACAUCGCCUUCGACCCCACAACCGUCGAAGACGUCACUUUUCUGAGUGGAACAGACACUCCCGGUUUGAUGAACACAUUCAUAGAGCAAAGUUGGCCGACGAUACUGCCCCAUAAGACAUUGAAGAUUAAAUCCAUUCGCAUGGAUGCGGUCUCAAAACGAAACUCGGAGUUCCUGGGUAACUUCAAAGGACUCGAGCGAAUAUACUUUGUCAGCGUUACCGCUGAUAAUCCGGACUGCCUCAACUCUCCUCGAUUCACAAACCCGCCCGCUCCAUCAGAGCUGACACCUCCUGUCUCUGAGAACCCUCAUGUUUCGGGUAAUGGCACCAAUGCCAACUCUCCAGCGACGUUAGCCUCCCCAGCCAGUCAACUUCAUGCGACUUUGGGCGGAAGGGAUAGCUACUUGUCGAACAUCACGCUGAACCAUGGCGCAUCACUGCGCCAUCUGUUACUUUGCUCGAAAUGGUCUCUUUCCACUGCUAUGGUUGCCCGACUUGUUCAUGGCUGCCCGAACCUGGAGCAAUUGGGUUUAGCAACGGAUCUCGCAUGUAUGGAAUCGCUUGGAAUGCUGGUUCCUUUCCUGCGAAAAUUGGUAGCGCUUCGACUUAUGAUCCCUGCUGGAUCGCCAUCUCCUCAGACCGGACCAGCUAAAGGAACUCAAAAUAGCCCAGGAGACCUUGCGGACAACCCUUUCUGGAAAGGCAAAAAUCUCCAUGCCCAAGCCUUUGCUCCCUCUGCGAAAUGUGUUAAGUUUCCUCCAGAAAUUGAGGAGCAAAUAAUCAAUGCGCGCAGUCUGGCAGAUAUUGUGGAUAUCGAUGACGAGGUACUGAUUCAAAUGAUGAGCUAUGACCUGGCCGACAAGCAAAUUUUUGGCAAUGUCAAGAUUAUUGGCAUGGGCUGGAAGGUCUUUGAACUGGGAGAAUUUUAUAAAGGCCCGGCUCCUGUUUAUUGCGAAGAUGAUCAAGAAACGCCGAUCGUUAGGACGCCAGACGAGAACCCACAGAACGGGAAUCGUCCUAAUGGAGGCACUGGUAUGGUCGCUAACACUUCGGAUCAACCGUUUCCAACCCCAAAUCCUCCUACUAGUACCCACCAUCCCGAGAUCAGCGCUACAAGUCAAUCUCAGCAUUCUAGCGCGCCUCCGUUUGGACAAAGGUCCCACCCGCCUUCAACAUUGGGAAAGCGCACCCGAAAUGAGGAAGAUAUUCGAAAUGGGGACGCACAUUCAUCAAGAAAUCCAUCUGAAUUCCGUGAAGUGCCGCCCCAAUCACACGUAUACCGCCCCGAACCCUAUGUAACUGAUGACGGCCAAGUUUGGAGACGCGGUAUGCGACGUGUUGGAUGGGACGUGGUGAAACACUGGGAAAUUUGGGCGCUAGACGCCCAAGAGAUUUGA